UAAUAGCAACAACAAAAAAAUAACAUGGACAUUAUCAUCAUCAUCAUCAUCUUCUGCUGGCCUCCCUGAACACCUUUCCUGCGUGCCCUUCGCUAGCUUUUUCUAGGGUUUCUAGACCCUCCCUAGAUAGCAUUUGAUAUAGAAUUAGUAGCUCCAUGUUCAACUCAGGUUCCUUGGCAUCUCAAAGGAGCCCAUUGUAUCAGCUAGAUGGGGUUGAAGUUUGCGAAGCAGGGGCCAGGAAAGGCUUUGAACACAGAUUUGUCUCAUGCUCAACUCUCAUUGAUUAAUUGUAUCACCAAGAGUAUUUAUAUUCGUAACUGGGUAUCCAAGCAUCGAAGGCGAAUGCUUGUUGCUGGUUAUGAUCUUGACAUGUCUUAUAUCACAGGUCGUAUAUUGGCAAUGUCAUUCCCUGCAGAGCGUGUGCGAGCAAUGUAUCGUAAUCCUCUCUGGCAGGUGAAAUCUGUACUGGACAUGCGGCAUGGGGAGCAUUAUAAGAUUUAUAAUUUGUGUAUUGAGGAAGCUUAUGAUCCAUCACAUUUUCAUGGCCGUGUUGAGACAUAUCCUUUCGACGACAACCAUGUCCCACCUCUUGAAAUGAUGAAGCUCUUUUGUGAGAGUGUGGGUUCAUGGCUAUCAUCUGACCCAAGAAAUAUCGCAGUCGUACACUGCAUGGCAGGCAAAGGUCGAACAGGCUUAAUGGUAUGUGCCUACCUUGUUUACAGUGGCAUGACACCUGAGGAUGCUCUUCAGCUAUAUGCAAAUAAACGCACCACCAAUAAUCAAGGAGUCUCAAUACCAAGCCAACGUCGUUAUGUGGGAUACUGGGCAGAGGCACUUUCUUUUCCCAAGAGAGUUUAUGAUAGUCAUAGAGGUGAUGGUCAUACACCUCCUGAAGUGAUCUUGCCUCAAUCUCGUAUCAGAGAAUUGCGAAGAAUUCGACUUUAUGACAUGGUUAACACUGAAUCCGUUUUCUUUGUGGUCUCAGAGUUACAGGAGAUUCCAGGUCAGCUGUACCGUCCAUCUGUGGAAGUUGCCAAGAGUUGCCUACGACCAAUUAUAAAAGGAUAUCAGAGAAACAGUAGUCCUCAAUAUUACAUCUCCUUUACGGAAGGCAAUGAAGAAGAAGAGGAGGAUUUAAAACCCGCAGAAUCGCGCCUCAUUGUUCAAAUGGACACAGAGAGUCCUAUAAUCUACCAGAAGACCACUCUUGAUUAUUAUUUUGAUAAACCUAUACGAGUCAAGGGAGAUGUGCGUGUCAUAUUCUACCAGAAAAUGAUAGGAGGGCGUCUCUUCUAUGUCUGCUUCAACACAGCUUUCAUUAGGAAUGGCUUGCUGCAGUUCUCAACACGAGAUUUGGAUAAAGUUGGGACUAAAGGCAGAUCGAUAUGUGGCCCUGCCUUCUGCCUGGAGUUGCUCUUUGCUCCAGCUAAUUCAAACCAUUCAGGCACGCUAACCGAGGACGAUAAUGGUGGUGGUGGUGGUGGUGACGACAUUAGUAAUGACUGUCCUUGAAUCUUAAUUCUGAUAUCUUACACACACACACACACACCUGAUGUGAUAGCAUUGCAGGACAGCAGCAUAUAUAUAGCUCGUCUAUUUGUUUUGCUGUCUACUUUUUCAUGGACAGUAGGCAUUAGGAAUAAGAUAGAGUUAAGAAUCCAGACUUUGAGAGCAUUUAGCAGAAGAUCAGAUAUGUAAGUAACUGUUUUUUGUGAAAAUAGAGAAAUCUCUAUCGGUAAUAAAAUUCUAACUUCGCUUGUGCAA